AGCAGACUUUUCUAGAAAACUCGAGCAGAGUCACAGACGGGACGUUGACUUUGGAACAUUCGAGUAAGGCCGCCAAAAUGUCUAAAUUCUGGGGAUUUCCUGAAAGUCCAUUAAAGACUCGAAUGGCUAGACCAAUUACAGAUGACGAUCCUUUACCUGACGGCUGGGAAAUGUUGAUCGAUCCAGAAUCACAGUGGCCCUUUUUUGUGGAUCACAGGAACCGCAGAACGAGUUGGAAAGACCCCCGGCGCCCAAAAGCGUUGCAGGCCUUCAUGGAUUCAGCAAUUGCAGGAGACAACUUCUUCCGGAGUGCAUUUGACAACCAGGACCCGUUUUGGCAGAACACCUGGGAUCCAUUUGGUCCGGGAGGCCGGCAUGUCAGUCGCAGUCCCAGAGGGAGCCCUUCUGUGCAGCGGAGGAUGCAGCCCAAUAUUCAGGAUGUUCGGCGCUCUCAAAGCCCCCAGCCAGGCGGAAGGCUCACCCCAACGCUAGAAAGCCAGAUGAAUCGUUUGCAUACCCAUGGGUCACCCCACCCUUAUCCAGAAUCCAGAGUCCCUGGCCAUAUCCACCAUGGGUUGUCCCACCAGUACAUGGAAGGCCGGACCCCUGGCCAUCAGCACCAGGUGUACCCAUCAAGUCCCAGAAUGCAACAGCAUCAUCACCAGGCUCCCCAUGAUGGGCGAAGGGUGCCCACAGAUGAGCUUAGGGCUCACCGUCUUGACCCCCAGCAUGAACAUCUAUCAGAAGAGGGGGAACACGUGAUACAUAUACCCAUCAGAGUGGAGGGGCGGGAUAACAGAAAUAGUGCUCCAUCCCCCUACGGGGAACCCCAUGAGAUUCAUUCUACUGUGCCUCCACAGGGUAUGCCAAAGCCAGUACCUGUUCCUCAGCAAGUGCAACCUCAGGACCCUCAAAGACGGUACGUGCCCAUCGAAGAGGAUCAGCAAGAAAGCGGUAGUGCUGUGCCAGCAAGUCCACAGCAGUUUCCCAGGCAACUGGACCUCAAGGAUGAGCAGAGAGAUGCAAUAGGGGAUGAGCAUUAUUCUCCAAAAGACUGUCUUAGGAGUGAAGAACCAGCAAGUCCAAAGCCGUUCCCUGUGCAGAAGGAGUGCGAAAAUGAACAGACAUUCAAGACAGAGUGGAGCCAGAGUGUCCAGCCUCAGGAGCAGAGGGGCUCCCAGCAGGCUGAGGCAUCUCAAGGAGACAAGCCACGUCCAGUCAGCAAGGAGGCAAUCAACUCGCUGAGUGGGCCAGCAAAUGGCACCCAGGAGCCGAAGGGUACGGCGGAGGCAGAGACCGUACCCGCACUGCCAGAUAUGCCAACCCAAGUGGUCCAGAUCCGUGACAUCCUGGCCAAGAUCCUCGAACUGGGUGGUGAUAUUGAGGACUUCACAGGCCACAAGGGCAGCAAGGAGUACCUGCGGAUUGAGGAGAUGCUUAUGAGGCACAUGCUGCAGCUGGACAAUGUGGACACAAUGGGGGACGAGCGCAUCCGGGGAGAGCGGAGGAUGGCUGUUGUCACAGCCCAGACGCUGAUGUCACGGCUAGAAAAAAAGGCUCUGCCUGCAGAUGUUUAAGGCAAUGAGGGAAGAGGGUUAAACAAGCAACUCAAACAAGAGGAUUUUCCAAAUUCUAGCUUUCUUUCCAUUUCGAGCUUCGUCCCCAAACUUAAGAGUUUUAUGGUACCAGUAGGUAAUACAUGCACAUGUAAAAUCAUGUUUUGCUGGAGGAGCAUUGAUCCCUUCCAAAUAUGGAAGUGUUUAAUUUAUUUGUAGUUUGAACAGUUUAGGCAGGUAGACAGUUCAGUGUCACAGACUAAGCCUUGCAAGGAGAUGAAGACAAGGUUUGGGAAAUCCUGUGUUCCCCACCCCAAAAAAGACUUAGUUUUAACUCAGAUACAUGUAUUUCAUGCUCUUGUAUUUUCGGACUGUUCAGAAUUUCUAUUUCUGUGACCACAACAUGCAAUGAAGGCAGUGAGUAAGUGGCAUACUGACUCUACAUGAACAUGGACGUGAAUUGUCAUUUGGUACAUUUAUAUUUUUAGGGGAGGCUUUGAAUGAGAUUAUGCAAUUUCUAUGUAUUUGUGAAUAUUACACCAACUUUCAUGGCACAUGUGUUCAUGAAACGUGGCUUUCAUGAUAAUUUACUGUAUAGACCGAUUUAUUGACACCAUGACUGCAGUGUCCCUGUCACUCAGGUGCACCUUCGUAAAUAACGAUGAACUUGACAAGCGUGAUUUUAACUGGCAGUGCGCUCCCAUUGGCUGAUGGCUGCAUCUCUUUUGUUCAGGCGCGUGGAGACACGGCAGUAAUGGCUCCUGCUUCUUAUCACCGAAUCUGUCUGUAAGACGACAGUUCUGUUUGUUGACAGAUAUCACUACCUUUUGGAUGCAUGUUGCUUCACAAGUACAUGUACCAUCCUUAUCUAGAUGGCGUACCUCUAGAGAAACAUAUUUGGGAUGGUAUCUGUACAUGUAUAGCAAAGCCUUGAAAAAUUCGAAUACUUUCUAAACAUCUUAAAGCUAUUGGAAUUUAAACAUUGAAUGAAAAAGAAUUUUAAUUCAUUUGUGUGUGGGUUUUUUUUUGGGGGGGGUGAUUAGUGUGAUGUUAGAGGAGGGUUGGGGGAAGGUGUCAGGAAUGUAUUUUUUGAGCCACAGUGCAUUCUCUUCCCUUAUCACUAGUAAAGUGUAUGUAAGCAAGGUCAUUUGGUUGGAGGGUAAACAUGGUAGGAAACAAGGCUGGAAGGUUUUUUUUCCCACCACCAGCUGCCUGAACUCUAUUAUUUGGGAAGGGGGUGUAUAUCCCACCAUCUUCCCAUUUCAAGAGGACAGUGCUGGACAGGUGUCGUCUUUCUGAUUAGAAAAGGGCAGUUGUUACCUGUUUAAGGGACACCCUAAUAUUUUACGGGCUACAUCCCUAUCUCCUCCAUUGUGGAAAUGAAUUGCCUCUGAAGUUUGGAUUUAUAUGUAAUGAUUAUUACUACUACCGGUAUGUCUACUAUGUGUACAUAAUGCAGUCAGUGUGCAAACUUAUCAAGCUAAUUGCUACAGUGCCAUUCAUGCCAAAGAAUGUAAGGUACAAGUAAAUUUUUGCCAAUAUGUACAUGUAUGCAUUUACAUGUAUUAAAUUUGGAGACACUGAGCACAGCCUCAAUCAUGGGGCCCUGUUGUCACAGGCUCUAUUAUGAACAUCAAACAGUUCUGACAAACUUGGUAGAUAAUCUUACUGACUUGGUCGAGAGUAACCUGACUACAAGAUUCAUACACGUGGUUGGGAAGACAAUAUUUUUACGUUGUCAGGCCUUCUACUUGUGCAUGCAGUUGUCCAAAGUGGAUAAAAUGUAAAGGACUGAAGCUGUGCAUUGUUGUGUAAAAAAAAACAACAGAGUAGGAACAAUAUGUGUGUGGCUUGUGUGGGUAUGUCAGGAGAGAGGUAUAUUUUUGUACAAUUUCACAAAUGUAGUGCACUAUUUGAGAAGCAUUAAUGUUUUCAUUGUGUGGCUGACAAUUGGCAGUAGUGUCUAUCAUAAAUACAAUGUAUGAUUAACUGCAAUUCAGAUGAUUUCAACUACAAUCAUGUACAAGUUUCCGGGCUAGAAAAAAACCCAGAAACGGAAACAAUUAAAUAUAUUUGUAUUCAUGUAAUUUACAAAAUUUUGGCAUAACCCAGCUUUGUGUUCAAAAUGGUACAUGCAUUUAUGCAUUAUUAUACAGAUCUUUGGAGGUACCAUUUAUUGAAAGAGAACCACAAGUUUACAUGUCUCGCACAUUUGUGAAGUUUACAUGUCUCGCACAUUUGAUGCCGGAUGCAUUGUGGCAAUGUACAUGUGCGUGCUUACGUGGAAAUGCCUUGGUGGUCAAAAAUAUUUCUGUUGUACAUGUACCCUACCUCCUUGGUUGUACAGGUUCAAGAGGCCUCUAGUUCUGAUUGCCGGAAUGGUCCAUACAUGCACACACUGUAUAUGUACAUGAAGGCAGCUAGGAUGAACUGAUAUGUGCAAGAAAUGUGAGAGAUAUUCAAUGUAGGAUACGUAAGUUGUAGACAUUUACUAGGCAUUACAUGAAUGCACACUGUAAUACUCUAUCUGUGUUUGAUCUUGCUCACUGGGCUGAUUUCCGAUAAUUGUCAAAUGAUGACUAUAUAUAAUGUUAACUGCAAAUUGAAAUAAGACUAUUCUGUAGCUAAUGGAACUGUGUAUUCGAAAAUAACAAGGAAACACUUAGCUGCAGGGACUGUAUACAGGGUAUCUCACCUCUGUAAACAUCCGCUUGUAUUCUCCGGUGUGGAGAGGUUUUAUGUGUGUGUGCUUUGAUUGUGCAUGAGGAGAGAUCAUGAAAAACUGCAUGCACCAAUGCAUGCCUGCAGUGCUUAACAAUGUUAUAUCCCAUGAAUUUUCCUGAAUCCUCCAAAAUCGACCCUGUUUGAACCAUCCUUUGUACUUAUUGCUGAUGGACGCUAGUCCCUCGUUCACAGUGGAUUUGGGUGUGACAGUCAUGGCAGUAUCGUGGAAUCUGGCAGAGUUUCACUGGGCGUGGUUGGUGGCUCCUUUUAAUGGUGGAAAGCGCUGUGUGGGGUUGUGUACAGAGCAGCUGCCAUUAGUUAGGACUGCUGCAACUGCCCAGUGACAGUGCUGCCUUUGUUACUGGAUUCAUCUAUAGAUGAAUGUACAUUGACUACUGAAAUCCUCCAAAUUCUUCCAAGACCAUGACAGAUUUUGAAGGAUUUGCAAAGUUAGGCUCAAUGGAGAGAUGGUUUGCUGUGUUCUUCUUUAGUAAUAGGUCCGGGCACCGAUAACAUGAGGCUCUGCUCACAAGUGCACUCUCUUAUGGGAAGCAUGUAGUCGUUAGAGCGUGGUGUCAUCAGUGCACGGGCCUACAUGUACAUGUAUUGGAGAAAUUUCUAGUAUUCUGUAAUAUAAAAGGAAUAUUUAAAAAUGUGGCUUCUUCAGUAGCAUUGGGUCAUUUGGCCCCAACUGUAAGUGUCUUUGAUCAAAGACCCUAAGAAGAUUUGAGAUUCAGUAUCUGUAAUGAGAUCAAUUCCAAUAGUUCUCAAUCCUUCAGCUACAUUAAUAUCAAUUUUUUCACAGUUUUAGGGGGUUGGAGUUAAGGGUCAUUACAACAGUUACUGCAAUUCACUUCUUGCAGACAUUAAAACUCAUAGGUCAGGUUUGGGGCUUGCAUAGGAAACAUCUUGCGCACAUAUUAUGAAAUUAUUUAUUUCCUCAAAGGCUCAUGAAUAAACCUUAUAUAAGCCCAUGUUUUUCACUUUACAAAUAUAUAUAUUAGGACCUUACUCACCUUGAGGCACACAGCGGAUAAUUUUGUAAUUUUGCCCCCUAAAGUUUAUAAAUUGGAACGUAAUUCAGAUUGCAGAAAGGCUGAUUUAUGCCAGUUUUGUUUGGGUUUUAGAAUGUCUUUAUAUUAUUUAAGGCAUACAAUGUACGUGUAAGUUGGGUUUUACAACUCAAAUAGUAAUUUUUGAAUUUGACUCUUUGCAUGUGUCACAUCGUGCUUUAUGGUGCUAUUCAAAAAAUGAAAGUAAAUUGACUUUCCUUUUAUUUACAUUUACACCGCUGUUCAGUGAUUCAGCAUUCAUAAUGUAGUUGUCUUGAAAAAUAGAACUAAGAUGUUCUCGGCAUUAAGUAUCAAUAAAUCCAACCAUGAAUGAAAUCACAA